AUGUCGUUGAGAACAAUUAUCAAACACCUUCCCUCCAUUUUUUCCGUAGCUCUCCCUCGCUCUUUUGCUUCACUCUCCACUCACCAAAUCCAACCCCCAAUACAAAACCAUCACACCAAACACCUACAAGAUCCCUACACUCUCCUCAAGCAAGACCCAAUCGAAAUUCUUCUUUCUGUCUGGGUAAAAACUUUCUCUUCACCACCCUCUUUUUCCUUUCCAAACCUCUCAGGCUUCCUCUCCAAAUUCGAUAUCUGGCUUCUCGCUUACCAACGAGCUUGCGCUCACGUGACCGGCACGUUCCCUCCUCGUAAUGCCAUUCACUCCCAGACUAUCCACUCUCUCCUCUCUCUCCAACGAUCCGUACUUCGCUCAUCCUUCAAAUGGCACGACAAAACUCACCAACUCAUCCGGAAUCCAAACGACGCCCCGUUUACGAAACCCGUCUCGAAAACGAAACUUAAAGCGAUUCUUGAGUCAGACGAGCCGUGUUUUCAGGACCGGGUGGUUCAGGAGGUCUUGCUUAUGGUGCUUGAACCGGUUUUUGAGCCCCGAUUUUCGGGGAAAUCUCACGCGUUUCGGCCAGGAAGAAAUGCUCAUACGGUUAUAAGAACUAUUAGGGGUAACUUUGCUGGUUACUUGUGGUUUUUGAGAGGUGAUUUAACUGAACUUCUUGCUUAUGUUCCAUCUGAUGUUAUUUUAAGUUGUGUUGAAAAGGCUGUUAAAGAUAAGAAAAUCUUGAAUUUAGUCAAAUUGGGACUUAAAGAAUCGGGUAAGUAUCGGAUUCGGAGUGAUGAUGGUAAUGAAGAUUUGCAUAAGGAGAAGAAGAAGAAGAAGAAGAAAAAGGGUGCUACGAAGAAGAAGAUUUUGAAAGACAAUGAGCCAAAACCAGACCCUUAUUGGUUACGAACGUUUUUUAAUUUUGCGCCAGAGGAGGCUGCUAAGGUACCGUCUUAUUGUCAUUGUGGGAUUUUGAGUCCUUUACUUGCUAAUGUGUGUCUUAAUGAAUUGGAUCAAAUGAUGGAGGAGAAAAUACUUGAGUUUUUUCAGCCUAAUAAGCUUGAUUCAAUAUGGAAAGAUUCGAUAAAUGAUGGUUGUCAUAACCCCGCUUGGCCGGAGUUUGUUCCAUCGAGUGGGAGGGAGAAGACAAGGAAAAUGGAUUAUAUUAGAUAUGGGGGUCAUUUUCUGAUUGGUAUUCGAGGGCCCAGAGAGGAUGCUGUGGAAAUCAGGAAGGAAAUAAUUGAGUUCUGUGAGAGAAAAUUUGGAAUAAGGUUGGAUAAUACAAAACUAGAGAUUGAACAUAUAACUAGGGGAAUUCAGUUCUUGGAUCAUAUAAUUUGCAGGAGAGUGAUACACCCUACACUUAGGUACACAGGGAAUGGAGGUAAAAUUGUGAGCGAGAAGGGUGUAGGAACUUUGCUUUCGGUUACUGCUAGUUUGCAGCAAUGUAUUCGCCGAUUUAGGUCACUUCAGUUUGUCAAGGGUGAUAAGGAUCCUGAGCCAUUGCCUUGUAAUCCUAUGCUUUACUCAAGUCAAGCUCAUAGUAAUUCACAGAUGAAUAAGUUUCUUGAAACAAUGGCUGAUUGGUACCGGUAUGCUGAUAAUAGAAAGAAAAUUGUUGGGUUUUGUGCUUAUGUAAUUCGUAGUUCUUUGGCUAAACUUUAUGCUGCAAGGUAUAGACUGAAGUCUCGUGCCAAAGUUUACAAGAUAGCUUCUCGUGAUCUUAGCCAUCCUCUGAGGGAGAGCACUAACAAUUCUGCGCCUGAGUAUUCUGAUCUUUUGAGGAUAGGACUUGUUGAUGCAAUUGAAGGUGUUCAGUUCUCACACAUGUCAUUGAUUCCAUCAUGCGAUUACACACCAUUUCCUAGGAACUGGAUCCCGGAUCAUGAGCGGAUAUUGCACGAGUAUAUCAGACUACAAGACCCAAAAUUCUUUUGUGACCUGCAUAAGUCAAUAAAAUGUAAAGGCCUGAGCUUGCCUCAAGAUCAGAUAUCUGAGAUUGUCUGGGAUUAUAAGACACUUGGAGUCUGGAGAUAUCAGUCUAGUGAUGGCAAAGUAUCAAAAGAUGAUUCAGAAAAAAUAGAAGGGGCACUUUGAAUUCAUUGAGGACUGAUAUGAUUUCUGGAGUCAAACUUCAUGGAUAAUCAACCAUUAUAGGAGUUGGCUAUUCUCCUGACAGGAAUACUAACUUAAUAGAUAGCUAAAUAUACAGAGUGUUCAGCAUUUGGCUUAUGGAAUGAAGACUGUGACAUCUGCUCAGUUGCAAUGAAGGUGUUGAUGUGGGAGACUGGCCAGACCAGAAGAGAAUUUUGAGAUAAUCAUUCAUCCAUUAGUUGCUAAAACUUAGAAGUGACAGGAUUGAUGAUGUGGGAUAAUAAAUUCUCCACAAUGUUCUGUCAGAUAUUACAAAUCAACUUGAAGACUCUCUGGGACGAGAUUUUUAUGCCUGAGGUAGAUAAUCAGACACAGAAAAAUACAAAUUGACAUUCAGAUGGAGCUAACAAAAGGAGCCUGGUUUAAGUUUUAUGUAGAUUUGAUAAAAAUUCUCUAAUAAGUUUCUACUCGUUCACACAUAAAUUUCAAUGUAAAAUUAAUGUUGUUUCCACACUUGCUACCAAUGAAAUUGACAUGCUCAUUUCUCUAAGAUAACAGUCAUGUCUGAGGGUUUGGACUAGGAAACCAAGAAAGAGAAUUGACAUUCAUUAGGAGCUGAAAGUUU